UCGUUAACAUUUCGCGCGUUCGAUCUAAUGACAUUCCUCCGCUGUUUUAGUUCGGUAUUGAAAAAUUCAACACUUUGCGCGUGGUAUUCGCAAUCAUGAAUGAUCUUAUUGGUAAGAUCGUGGUUAUCAAAAGGAAUGGGGGCGAUGGCCCGCAAUUUCCUUUGAGAACAAACGAAUGCUUAUUUGGAAGAAAACCCGAGUGUGACAUAAGAAUACAACUUCCCAACGUUUCAUUGGAACACGCCGUCGUAAAAGUUGAUAACGACAAAAAGAUUAAGCUUAUCAAUCUGAGUUCCUGUAACCAAACUCUUGUGAACGGAAAACCAAUAAGCCAAGUGGAAGUCCAGCAUCUAGAUGUUUUUACAAUAAGUGAUCGAUCAUUCAGAUUUGAAUUUUCCUCUCCAGUUCAGAAGCAAGCUAAAGAAAAGUUACCCAAGACUCGACACCGCCGUUCCAGCAGCACAGGAAACACACCACGAGAGAACAAAACCUCCAAAAUGCCCACACCCAAAGGCAGCCCAAGAACUCCACCUACAGGAGGGAGUUUAAAAGAAAACAUCCACAGGCUUCGCAGACACUCUAUGCCUUUACAAGAAGAGGAAGAGGCUUUAGCAUCCCCAGGGGCUGAUAAAACACCGUUUUCUAUUAUUGCUGUAAAUUGUGAAGCGCAAGAGAAAAAUGGCAAAAGUGCAGAACUUGUCAGGGAAAAAAGAAAGUCUCUAGCAGGAGACCGCAAGCCCAAAAGGAGUUCUAAACGAGUCUCGUUUGGACCAGUUCUGAGCCCUGAACAAUUUGACAAAGAAUUGCCCCCAGCUACGCCAGUAAGACGUGGAGCUACACCAAGGAGAGCAUCCAAUGCUAGUAACCAUUCCCUCAUCCAGCUGUGUUCGUCUUCCAAGAAACGAAGAUCAGUUACUGCUUCGCCACAGACGGAAUCUAUAACAGAAGAAGAUGAUAGCCCAGAUUCCGCUAAGAAUGAAACGCCAAAAACACAAGCGCAAUGUUCCUCAAAACUGGAGUCAUUAGAGCGAGGUCAAGGCAGCCAUGAGGUUAAUAUCCAUGAAUUAAGUUCUCAACAGUAUGGUAGUCCUAAAGGGCAUGGACAAUCCUUCCCACAGGUUGAUAAAAUGAUUCUGGAGUUUACUGAAAAGGAAGACGUAAUCCCGAAGAGUCCCACACCAGAAAAAUGCACAAGCUCCUCAAAUAAAGUGGAAAGAGAGAUAACUGAAUCUGUUGCAAUGGAAGCCAUCCUUAAAGACACGCCUGAAGUCCUUAAACAAUUUCCAUCAAACCAAGCUACCCCAAAGAGUGCGACACCCAAACAUAGUAGACGAUCCUCAUCCAGAUUGGCGGAAAAGAAUUGUGUGUCCGCUAAGAAAGAUAGUGUUUCUCAGGACUAUACCACACCUAAGGAAUGUGGACAAUCGUCAUCAUCCCUGGAGGAGGAAAAUGAUGGAGAUACUGGACCAAAUCAAGCUGCCCUGGAAACAGACACGCCCCAGACGAGCAGACGAUCGUCAAUGAGGCUGGCAGGAAAUAGUCCCAGUUUGCUUGAGUUCCGAUCAGUUGAUGAAGUACAGUCAAAAGUAACACCUCAUUCUAAGACUGCUAGUCUGAGCCAUACUGUCGAGCAAAACAUGGAUGAGACAAUCUUAGAUAGUGAUGACUAUACUUCUGAUGAGGAAGAUGUAGACAGAGAAAUGGCAAUUGGGAAAGACAAGCCAACCAGAUUAGCAACUCCCCUCUGUAAAGAAAUUCAAGAAGGAGUGAAAUUGCAGAAGAUUAAGAAAAAGAUGGUUACCCCCUUAAAGAGAGAGAUCGCAAACGGAAUCAGACUUAGACAAACAAAGAGGACCAUGGCAACACUUCUUAGAAAAGAUGUUGAAGAGGGAAUCAAGCUUCAGGAGACAAAGGAGAGAAUGGCUACUCCCCUGAAGAAAGAUAUCUCAGAGGGGAUCAGACUCCAAGGAACCAAAAAGAGGUUGGCCACACCCUUACAAAAAGAGAUAAUUGAUGGAACAAAACUUCGACAAACAAAAAGGAAGAUGGCCACACCUCUUAGAAAAGAUAUUGAAGAAGGAAUCAAGCUUCAGGAGACAAAGAAAAAAAUGGCUACUCCCUUGAAGAAAGAGAUCUCAGAAGGGAUCAGACUCCGAGAAACAAAAAAGAGGUUAGCCACAUCCUUAAAGAGAGAAAUUAAUGACGGAACCAGCCUUCUACAGACAAAAAGGAAGAUGGCCACACCCCUUAAAAAGGAAAUAACAGAAGGAAUCACUCUGCGAGGGAUAAAAAAGAAAUUAAAAACUCCGAUCAGAAAGGAAAUAGAGAAUGGCGUUACUUUAAGGGUCACCAAAAAGAAACUGUCAACUGCAAUACAAGAAGCCAUUCAGGCCAAGCCAAAGUUGCGAAAGACCAAGAAAAGCAUGAAUUCGUUGCUUCAGAAUGAAAUCAAGUGGUGCCCAAAACUUAGAAAGACGAAGCAAACCAUGCCAUUGGAGGUACAAAUUGAGAUUAUCAAAGGAAAACAGUUGAGGCCAACCAAAAAGAGUCUACCGACUCCACUGAAGAAAGAAAUCAGAAGUGCAGUAACCUUGAGGCAAACCAAGAGACGCCUACCGACUCCACUGAAGGAGGAGAUUAAACGAGGGGUACAGCUGCAGAAAGCAAAGAAGAGCCUACCGACCCCAUUGAGGAGGCAGCUUGAAGAAGCAGUAUCACUGAAGCAGACAGGACGGUCUUUAAAGAGGAAGAGCACUGAAUCUAGCACAAACGAUAAUGAGCCAAAGAGGCUGAAACCUUCCCCUUCUAUAGCAGUGAAUGAAACAGAUGAAGAAUUAGACGUGGCUCCUGUAAGACGAGCGCUGAAGACUCCUCUCAGAAAGGCUAUUGCCGCGGGUACCAGACUACGUACAACACGUCAUCGCAUGGCAACCCCCCUUCGAAAACAGAUCCACUCAAAGCACAUGCUGAGAGCUGUUCGCGGGAAAUCGACUGUGAUUACAGUUCCACAGAAAACCGUGACAAGAAAACCCACCUAUGCAGAAAUUGUCAAAAGACAUAAAAAAACGGUGGCUGAAGAAAGGAGAGUAUCUCGAGAAUCUUCGUGUAAGCUCAGAAAUAUGGCGAAAGGAUAUUCGAAGGUCAUUCCAUCUGCCAAGAUUACUGAAACGGCCGUUAAAAAUCCAGAAAUUGCAAGAGUACAAGUUAAUGGUGUUCAACUCAAGGAUAGACGAAAUAGCACAAGCCUUGCUAGAAAGAGCACUCCUCAAACGAAAAGCAACAAGUUAACCGACAGCGGAGGAAUGCCUUCUCUCCCUGUUACUGGUGAAAAGGCUAAAAAGAACUGCUGGAUGUCUAGCCUUGCACGAGCUACGAACGGAGUGAAAACACGUGCCAUGUCUGUUGAGAACUUGGAAGGGUUAUCACAAAUGUUUACGACGCCACCUGCAGUUCAGAUGACUAGCAACAGUUUUUCCGGGGAAAAACAUUCAGGCAACUGGUUAUCUAGUCUAGCGAAAGCAACUAUUGGUCCACGCAAACGUGGUAUGCCUGUUGAAAACCUCCAAGGAGUUCCUGAAAUGUUCGCAACACCGCCAUCGGCCAAUGCAUGGAGUGAUUGUUACAGAAGAACCUCAAUGAGGUCUAUGCCGUCCACAAAUGAGGAAGCCAUGGUGGAAAUUAGGGAAGUUGCAUCUCUUGACACACUGCAAGUUAAGGCUGAGGCAGUAAGCCCUGAUAAAUCCGAGCUACACAUGACAGAAUCCUUGGCACCUACAAAAACGCCUUCUUUGAGAAGUUCUGAAAAAGAUACUACCCAUAUUGGAAUAUUAUCACCCAUCAAGAGUUCCUGCACACCUUCUUUGAGAUCAGGAAGAAAGCAAACUUCUAAGUAUGCAGUCACUCCGAGAGCAAUGAUUGAGAUUAGAGAAGUAUUGAAACCAAAUAAGACGCCAUCUCUUCGUAAUUCAGCCGAAGAUACCGUCACAGUCCAGGUUGUAACUCCAGUUCAACCCUCUCGCACUCCAUCUCUUCGAUCCGCCAAGACUCAGCCAUGUAUCCAGAAUAGUGAAUGCUCUGACCUUGAACUGGCGAUUGUGCAGCCUAUAGCACCAAGUAGGACUCCAUCCAUGCGUUUUUCAGUUGAAACAAAAGUAGUUUUACGAAAAAGCACUGGAAGCCCAACUGAAGACCGAAAAAGUCCAGGUCUGCGAGGACUAACGCGAUUAAUGAAGUCUCCAAAAGAAAGCAACUCCGCAGAAAGUGUGGAAGAUUUUUUCGUUCCAAACAUGUUUGCAUCGCCCAAACCACAACCCAAACGCUACUCGCGCAAAAGUGAAGGUUUGCAAGGAGUUGCGAGACUGCUAAGAACACCAGAUGCCGAGAAUGAAUCAACUGGAGAGAGCCCCAAACUUGACGGUAUAAAGUCGAUGAUGCAGCUAGAGAAGAGCCUAGCCAGUCCUCAUUUUGUUGGACUUAAAACGCUCAUGAAAACACCUAAAAUUUGCCAAAGGCAUGUGGAUCCUGAAGAAUACUUUAGUACAGAAAUUUUCGCUUCACCAGUGCAAGAUUCUUCCCAAGAUACAGCCCAGUCGGCAGCACGAGAAAGAACGGAUAAGAAGCGCUCUGUACCAGUCAUUAAGCCAACUUCUUCAAAGACCGAAGCAACGACAGCUGAGCGAUCAGGAAACAUUGUUUUCGAAACUUUACCGAGAACAACACGAUCGAAGCGCAAGGCUCCCGAGGAUUCAGUUGAACCAGUGUCUAAAAGAGUUCGCCGCACACGUGCCACAGUCAAACAGCAAAAUGAAGGUAAAACUGAGGCUCGCUCCAAUUCAAAAGCAGGCCAAAAGAACACAGCUGCGAAAAGUCAAAAGAAAACAGCAGCAGUCAUACAGGACACGCCAAAGCCAUUUGUGUUCAAACGGACCAAACUGGAUCCUAUCGCUGAAGUUCAAUCUCCCUUGCCAUCAUUUGAUGAUGCUACUGAGAUCACUACCUCGUCUUCGUUGAUUGAAGAAGCUGAGAAGGCCUCAAGUGAAGAAAGAAAAAAUGGAAAUGCGUCUAAGACCAGAAAGCAAUCAAACGCACCCAUAAGAAGUUCUCGACGCGGAAACCGUUGUAAAACCCCAGCAGAGACACCUGUGGAAGAGAAAGUAGCAGAAAAGUAUUUGGAAACGAGGAGCAAGAAAAAUGAAAGUGUUAUUGAAGACAGUACUAAUACUGGUGACUCACAGAAAGCUCCUGUAAAGACACCAGAACCGAAACGUGAAAGAAAAAGAGCAACACGUAACACUAAAGCCAAUGGAAAUUCGCUCAAUACCAUGGCACCGCCAAUUAAGACAAGAAGGACCCGAAACCAAAGAGCUGAAAUUGCUGAUUUAGAAGCGGAAGUGGUAAAUUGUAACUUUAUUGAAGAAACUGGGAAUAAUCCAGCAACAAGGCGGACUCGACGUGCAGCUAAGACCAACAAUGAACGCGCUCAAGUUUUAGGGAAGACCAAGCCUACUCGAAGCACUGGCCGUGAAGAAACCCUCGAUGAAGCUGCAGAUCUUUUGCCAGAAAAUAGAUCCACUCGUACAAGUAGGAAGCAAGCAAACAAAAAUAACGUUGUUGAAAAUGAUAACUUAGCCCGAAGUACUGGACGAAAAAACAGUGGAAAAGAGGAAGUCAAAGAGCUGAAGAAAGAAGUAACAACAAAUAAGAUGAAACAUCCACCCGGAGCAAGGUCAGCUAGACGGACAAGAGGCAAUUCCGCGCACAAAGCCGACUCUGAGGGAGAUGACGCUUCUUUGGAAGAGAAAAAAGAAGUCCGACCGGACAAUUGUUCGAAGAAACCUCCAGCAAAGCGUGAACUCAAAAGAAGCACAACAAACGAGUCCAGAGAAACAAUGUCAACAAGAAGCAGAAAAACGGCUGAAGAUCAAGUCGAGUUUACCGAACAGUCUAUGCACUCUAAGGUCGGAACCAAAAGAAGUCAUCAAGUGAAUGCUGGAACACCUCCGCCAGAGCCAAAAAAAACCCGCGCAAGUGUUCGAGCUCAAAGUGGUCCUAACACGCGUAUCACUAGAUCACAUUCACAGAAGUAGUGUGGACAUUACACAACAUGACAUUACGUUGAUUAUUAUGUUUACGUUAGUGAUGAUAUAGAGCCUUUUACGGCAGUGUUUUUAAAUCUAAUGUAAAUGUUUGAUUACAGUUGGAAAGAACACUUAGCAGUACAUUUGCAUUUUAUUUCUAGAAUCUCCAGUCAGUGAUGAAUAAGCCAAACGUCUCGGUACACUGUAGACUUCAAGUCAGUAUACUUAUCUAGCAAUCUUAUGACAUAUAACAGUAAAUCAUCUCACUUUUCUUAAAGAUAAACAUAUUUACCUUUUUAUAAUGUGAAUUGUAAAACCUACCUAAUUUUCGAACAAACUGUAAAAGAUGUCUUAUCUUUAGUUAUUUUAGAGGACAAUAUAUUUCAUAUAAUCUCUCAAAUUUAGCAUCAAGACUAUACGAGCUACGUCAGCAUUUUUUGUUUUUUAACUUUGAGAUCACAUUUGAUUUUGACGAUUGUUGGCAAUCGUAGCGAGGAGAUGUAAAUGGCGUCGUUCUAGCGCGACUUUCCUCAAUAAGUCGAGAAAACCAACCUAUGGUGUACAUAUAAGGCUCUUAGAAAAGUGAAGAGCGUUUUGUUUUGCUUAUUAAAAACAUUUAGUCAAAAAGCCAUUAUUCUCUUUAUUAGUCUUGAUAACCCAGGUAUACAAGGUAAAGAAAUCAGAUUUUAAUGCAAUUUUGAAAUGCGUUUCAUUCCGUCUCUCCUCCAAGGCUAGCGUGUAGUACUCUAAUCUUCGCCCACUGAGAAUUUGGCUCAACUGAUAAAUAAAAACAAAACAAUAAGAUAAAAGAGAA